AUGGCGCCUUACGAGGCCCUGUAUGGUAGGAGAUGUAGGACACCUUUGUGUUGGCAGCAGGAUGGUGAGGCAGUGGUGCUUGGACCAAAGUUCUUACAGCAAACUACCGAGAAGGUGAGGGUGAUACAGGAUUGGAUGCGCGUAACUCAGAGUAGGCAGAAAUCUUAUGCAGAUAAGAGGAGGAGGCCGCUUGAGUUUGAGGCAAGGGAUCACGUGUUUCUUCGAGUGACGGCUACAACAGGCAUUGGUCGGGCACUUAAAUCGAGAAAGUUGACGCCUCGAUUCAUCGGGCCAUAUAAGAUCUCGAGACGGAUUGGCCCUGCAGCAUAUGAGAUAGCUUUGCCACCGCACUUGGGAAACUUGCAUAAUGUUUUCCACGUGUCACAGUUGAGGAAAUACAUAGCUGAUCCUACGCAUGUUCUGGAGGAUGAUGAUGUGCAGAUACGGGAAGACUUGACCAUUGGAGCCGGACCAGUGAGAAUCUUGGAUUCUCAAGUAAAGCAGUUCAGAGGAAAGGAAAUUAAAACUGUAAAAGUACUAUGGGAUGAGGCAACUAAGGAAAUGACAUGGGAGAUGGAAGAUGUCAUGAGGCGGUCCUAUCCUCAUCUUUUCACUGGCGACGCGAGUCUGUUGACUCGAUUUUCUGGUUCUGUGCUUUCUGGGAGAAUUCUAAUCGGGGAAAAAGGUGGGAAUUGGUAG